CCUCUCUCUUAUAUAUUUCUCAUCUCUAUAAUUCUUCAUUCUUAAUUUUGAGUAUUAUUAUUACUAUAUAUGGCUGACCAAAAGACGCUUCCAAUUAAUGAGGGCCAAAUAGACCAAUCUCUUGAUCAUAAAUCUUCUUCUCCAAUAUCUAAACCAAUUCCCAUUGACCCUUUUGUUUCUUCUUCUGUCCCCACUCCCCAAAAUCCAAAUUCUAAGUCACAAGAACAACUCCCACCACCACCACCUCCUCCUCCUCCUCCUCCAUCAUCCCUGCCUUCUUCUAUAAUUUCUCCUCCCCCUCCUUCUUCAACAAAUAAGAAGCACUCUUUGUAUAGAGGGAUCCGGUGCCGAAGUGGGAAAUGGGUGUCGGAGAUUCGCGAGCCACGUAAGACGACGCGCAUAUGGCUUGGUACGUUUCCAACUGCUGAGAUGGCUGCUACUGCUUACGAUGUUGCUGCCCUUGCCCUCCGUGGUGGCGAUGCUGUCCUUAACUUCCCUGCCUCCAUUCCAACCUACCCUGUUCCCGCUUCGACUUCUCCAGUUGACAUUCGCACUGCUGCCUCCACUGCCGCUAUUGCUGCAGCUGCUAAGGCGGUGAAGAAAGUUUCGUCAACUUCUUCGGUUGACGUAGGCACUAUGGAAGAUUGUAGCAAGAAGAUGAGGAUAGAGGAGUUUGUGGAUGAAGAAGAAAUUUUUGGGAUGCCGGGUUUGCUGGCGGAUAUGGCGGAGGGGAUGAUGGUGUCGCCGCCGAGAAUGAACUCGCCACCACUGUCGGAUGACUUGAUGGAAAAUUCUGAUGGAACGGAAAGUUUAUGGAGCUACUUUUGAUGAUCAUAUAUUAAUGAAUUGAGAUUAACUACAAGUUGUGAUUAAGAAGAUGAAAGUUAGGUGAAAAAUGAAAAAAGAAAAGGGGUAGCUUAAAAAAAGGCAAGUUCUUGGCCGGCCGCCAUAGCUUAGGCUUGAUGAAUUAAUUAGUUUAUGGUAUACUUUUUUGGUCCAUUUGAUUGAUUUUUCUCUCUAUUGCUUCUAUAAUUGUAACUUAAAAAAGGGUGAAAGAUAGCACUAAGUGAAAUAUUAUAACAUAAUCCAUUUUGAUUCAUUCAAUAUUACCAUAUGACUACCCAGAUGAUGAGUA